AAGUACUCAGGCAGUGGCGCCCGGGGGCCCGGUGGGGGAUGGACGCGCGCCGGAAGUGACGCUCGCCGCCCGCGACAGCUGGCGACGGCCAUGGCGCAUAUCACCAUCAACCAGUAUCUGCAGCAGGUGUAUGAAGCGAUCGACACCCGAGAUGGAGCGUCGUGCGCAGAGCUGGUGUCCUUCCAGCACCCUCAUGUGGCAAACCCCCGGCUGCAGAUGGCUUCUCCAGAAGAGAAAUGUCAGCAAGUUUUGGAACCCCCUUAUGAUGAAAUGUUUGCAGCUCAUUUAAGGUGCACGUACGCAGUGGGGAACCAUGACUUCAUAGAGGCAUACAAGUGCCAGACGGUGAUAGUCCAGUCCUUCCUGCGGGCAUUUCAGGCCCACAAGGAGGAGAACUGGGCUCUCCCUGUCAUGUAUGCGGUGGCCCUAGACCUUCGAGUGUUUGCCAAUAAUGCUGAUCAGCAGUUGGUAAAAAAAGGAAAAAGCAAAGUCGGGGACAUGCUGGAGAAAGCCGCCGAGCUGCUGAUGAGCUGCUUCCGAGUCUGCGCCAGUGACACCCGUGCUGGCAUUGAGGACUCGAAGAAGUGGGGCAUGCUGUUUCUUGUGAAUCAGUUGUUCAAGAUCUACUUUAAGAUCAACAAGCUGCACUUGUGUAAGCCCCUCAUCCGUGCCAUCGACAGCUCGAACCUGAAGGACGACUACAGCACAGCGCAGAGGGUCACAUACAAGUACUAUGUCGGGCGCAAGGCUAUGUUUGACAGCGACUUUAAGCAAGCACUGCCACCGCUCCAGCCAGAAGAACAAGAGGAUGAUCCUCAUCUACCUGCUGCCCGUGAAGAUGCUCCUGGUGAGCGGCUGGUCCUCCUCUGCAGCUCUGUCACCACGAGGAAGGCCAGGGUCCUGGGGCUGCGGCUGGACAGCGUGCAGAAUGGAGAGCGUGGCCACAUGCCAACCGUGGAGCUGCUGAGAAAGUACCACCUCAUGCAGUUCGCUGAGGUGACCAGAGCUGUGAGUGAGGGCAACCUGCUGCUGCUGCACGAGGCGCUGGCCAGGCAUGAGACCUUCUUCAUCCGCUGCGGCAUCUUCCUCAUUCUGGAGAAGCUCAAGAUCAUCACCUACAGGAACCUCUUCAAAAAAGUGUACUUGCUACUCAGAACCCACCAGCUGUCCCUGGAUGCCUUCCUGGUGGCCCUGAAGUUCAUGCAUGUGGAGGAUGUGGACCUGGACGAAGUGCAGUGCAUCUUGGCAAACCUGAUCUACAUGGGCCACAUCAAGGGCUACAUAUCCCAUCAGCACCAAAAGCUAGUCGUCAGCAAGCAGAACCCGUUCCCUCCACUGUCCACCGUGUGCUGAUGUGGAGUCCAUGGAAGAACAGCCCCUGAGCCUGGAUCCCUGUCCCAAAGCCAGUCUGCCCUGUGCCUCCUGAGCCUCACUGUGGCUGGAACCUCCCGGUGCUUUCUUGGGGUGCCAGGAUGCCUCUGCCAGCAUGCCCCAGUGUCCUGGACCCUCCUGAGUCACCGUGAUGGCAUCAGCCUUGUGAAGCCGCAGGCACCCUUUUCCCAGGAGUGCGGCGGCUGCUGACCCUGGGGAGGCCAGGGCAGCAGUUCAUGUGGGCGAUCUUUGUAACUUUUAGUAGCUCUUUCUAUAAAGAAAGGUAUUCUGAAUUUAUACUUAUGGCAUGUUCUUUUCUAUUAUCUUCUAGGAUACUUCUGUAUUUAUAUAUUAAAUCUGAGCCGUUUAUGUGAUUGGAA